AUGCACAGAUCUCCAUCCGUGGAGCGGCUUUCGAAGGCAGAGUCAGGCACAUCGGAACAGCCUCAGUAUUCUUCCAACAACUUCUCAACCUGGCUCAACCUUCCUGAUGAAAGACCUGCGUAUAUCCAGUCUUAUGUUACAAAUAACUACCAGGUUACACCCGAUAACAGUUCUGCAUAUGUCCCGUAUAGUAUAACGAACUACCAAACCUCAUCUCCGCCAAAAGCGCAACUUCUGGGCUAUCCACCUCCCCUACCUGCGCCUCCCGCGCCUUCUGCAGCCCAGAAUACCUUUAUCACUCUCCGAUCUCUACCUCAACGCCAACUUGAUAACUACAAAAUUAUUGACCAUGUCGAUGAUGUGCUUAGAAAAAGCCGCAGGCCAUCAACUCAGGAAAUUACGUAUACCCCGUCUUAUGUUUCGGAUUACUACCAGGUUACACCCGAUAACAGUUCUGCAUAUAUCCCGUGUAGUAUAACGAACUACCAAACCUCACAUCCGCCAAAAGCGCAACUUCUGGACUAUCCACCUUCCCUACCUGCGCCUCCCGCGCCUUCUGCAGCCUAUGGACCUCCUCCGGCCCCUCCCUACCCAGUUUACGAGUCCCACCUAAGGAAUAAUCCUGCCCCGCGACUGAGAGUCUAUAAACCUGGCCCCCGACAGAGAGUCUCGAUCGCCUGCAGAGCCUGCAGAUAUUGCCGGAGGCGAAGGAUCAGGUGUAGUGGUCGGCCAGAUGCCAUUGGUGGUAAAUGUAAUAAUUGCGAAAGAAAGAAAGAAGACUGCAUAUCCGCCGAGACAUCACAUUCCGCAGCCUUUAUCCCUGUUAAUGCUAUGCCUGGGCCUACAUCAGAGGGCGGCAGUGUUUACGAUCCCAUUAGCCAAUCGCCGUGUAUUCCGGUUCCGUCCCCAAGCCGACAAGUCGGCAGUCCUGGUACCUAUACUCAACAAUCACAGCAAUCUGGUCAGCCUCUCAAGACUCAAGAGGCAUAUGCAGGUUUGAACACGACUCGCCAGCAACCUUUCAAUCCUCGGAUAGAUCUUAAAACACCCGCACAAACUCUGCAGACUGAACUGGGACAUAGGGACGAUCAAUCUGAGACAUAUGGGCCAUCGUUCAGCUUUCAUAGACUUCAGCAAGCUUUAGAGUCACAAAACGAUGCUUCUGACCCCUACCAACAUUCGCUGAUUCAGGAUCUCAAAGUCCUUGAAAGUUUCGCCCCUGGAGCUCUGGCAAAGUCACUGGCAAUCAGACAAGACCUUGAGCGGCAAAUUAAUUUGAUAGGGCAGAAGUCUGGAGACGACGUCCGGUCUAAGCUGGAGGAAGAAACUAAAGUUCUACAAGAAUCUAGUACUGAGCUACCUGAUGCAUCAGGGUUAAGAUUAAGAGCUCGUGCUCCUUCAUCCUCCCCGACUGUAUCAUCCGACGUGGACGUGGUUUCAGUCUCUGAAGAUUCAGAAGGAACGUGUCAGCUAGAUAGGAACACACAAGGGUUCCGCAUCUUCGGCCGAGUGUUUCGCCGUCUUGCCGUUCUCGGUCAGCAGGAUGUCAUGGCGAGGGGUGAAUCGAGCGGCAGUAGCUCAAAAGGAAAGCAAGUUGCACAAGGCGGGUCUUCAAGCUCCUCUGGUACGAGGGAUGGAACAAGCUCAACACGUGGACGGAAGAACCAACGGCAAGACGACGACCAUGGAGAUGAAGGCAGAGACAAAAGGAAUGAGCCACCUCAGAAGAGGGGCAAGACAAGUCAAUCGCAGUGCGAAGGGCGGUCGCAGUUUCUAGCAUGCCCAUACUGGAAGUUAGAUCCGGAAAGGUAUUGGGAUUGCUUCAUGAAGAAGAACGAUACUAUUGCACACUUGAAACAACACUUGACGCGCCGACAUACACCCAAGUAUUAUUGUCAGAUCUGCUACGAAACGUUCAAGGACUUCGAUCCAUUUGAUUCGCAUGUAUUGAGAAGGUCAUGUAUAAGGGGCCCAUCAGCAAAGCUGGAAGGCAUAUCUCAGCAACAAAAGAACCAGCUAUCACUGAAGAGUAAAGGCUCAGUUGAACAACAAUGGUAUACCGUAUGGUCAAUCCUCUUUCCCGAUAUAGACCCCCCUUCUACCAUUUUCAUUCAUUCGACACAAUCGGAAGACUUUUGCCGUAUGCAAGAGUUUGCCCAACGAGAAGGAGUUGCUAUUAUGUUGGAGGAGCUGGACUCUAGUGGACUUGUAAUCCGACCUGAUGCAUCCAGCCAACAGCUACAAUCGACAGUACAGAGAGCUAUGGUGUCGAUAUUCAGAAACUACUGGAACAGACGCGAACCCAAUUUCGAACAGGCUGAAGAGCCAAAUCUAAUCCAUGGUAGUGGAUCGGCCCCUGGGAACUCACUUCAACAACAGUCUACUCUAGAAAACCAAGUCGAGCAGCAGUACAUGGCCCCAACUACCAACGGUGACUCCAUGGCUUUCCAGAGAGGCUGUCCAAGAUCACAUUGA